ACAAAGACAAUGACGGCGGCAAUGCAGAAGAAAAAGAAGAAGGUGAAUAAGAAGAGGAUUCAAUGCCGUUCGGCCGCGACGCUGCCUCGGAGGAGGGAGAGGGGUACGAUGACGGAAACACGGACCCUCCUGAUGAAGAAGGCGACGCCCUGAAAGAAGAAGUGGAAAUGGAUGAGAGAGCUUCAGAUUCAGGCGACGGCGCGCUUUCACCGACUGAUGAGGCGGCAGCAAACGAUGCGGAAGAGACUACAGUGGGAGCAGAGGAAAUCGGAACGGGAGAACUGCCACUGGAGGUCUCGACAGACGAUGACCUGGGAAGCGGAACGGGUACGCGAGAGGAAGUAGGAGAAGACGACAGCAAAGAGGAGGACGAGGCAGAAGAAGGCGGCGAAGAGGAGAAGGAAGAAGAAGACGAAGAAGACGGUGAAGAGGAGGARGAAGAAGAAGAAGACGGUGAAGAGGAGGAAGAAGAAGAAGACGGUGAAGAGGAGGAAGAAGACGGCGAAGAGGAUGAGGAGGAGGAAGAAGAAGAUGGCGAAGAGGAGGAGGAGGAGGAGGAGGAGGGAGAAGAAGACGGCGAAGAGGAGGAGGCCGAAGAAGAAGACGGCUUGGAAUCCGGAGUGUCGGGCUCGGCUAAGGACGAGCUGGGCGCCCGCAAUGACGAGUUGGAAGACGAAGAGGAAGAGAAGGUUUUGGGAGAAGAAGCAGAGGAAGGAGACGACGACGAGACGUUUGCAGAGCUGCCAGCCUUGGCAGUUGGCGGGUUAUUGGAUGAAGAAGAUGGAGAGGUGACAGUCUGACCUGCACCUGAUGAUACGGCCCUCGUUCCUGUGGUGCUGUCCUGCAGUGCGCGCCUAGGCAAAACUAACACCGCCGCUCCCACACGUCGUACUCUACCUCCUUUGACACCUCUUCCUCCUCCUCCUCCUAAUGCAGCAGCAGCAACAACAGCAGCUUCUCCUCCGGAUAUGAUGGGCGUUGGAGUCGAGCAGAGUAGAAGAAGAGAACAAAAUAAUAUUAGUAAC